UUAUAUUCAUCCCUCCCUCCCUCCCUCCUGUGUCCUUCGUUACUCUGUCUCUCUCUCUCUUUUCUUCGAACUGAUCUGAGAUUUUGAUUCUGCUUCUCUCUUCUCAUCUUCCAAGAGAUGGCACUCGAAUCAAAUGCUCCUGUGGUGGAUCCACACACUGUUGGCAAUGCGUUUGUUCAGAAGUACUACAACCACUUGUAUGAAUCACCAGCGGAAGUGUAUCAGUAUUAUCGUGAGGAUAGUGUUUUUGGCCGCCCGGGUUCUGAUGGAGAGAUGGAUUCUGUCAAGUCCUUACAGGCUAUCAAUGACAAGAUCAUGUCCUUUGAUUACGAAAACUCUAAGAUUCAGAUUCUGACUGCCGAUUCCCAAGCAUCUUACAAGAAUGGAGUUGUUACUCUAGUCACUGGUUUACUGACCGUGAAAGAGGGGGAAAGAAAGAGAUUUUCUCAAUCGUUUUUCCUUGUGCCCCAGAAUGGAAGCUACUUUGUGCUGAACGAUGUCUUUAGGUAUGUCGCUGAUGAGGUUGUUGAACCAGAAGCUAACAAGAAAGAUGUCGAGGAGGUGAUUCCUCAAGAGGUUCAGUCAACAGUCACUGUAGUGGCAGAGCCAAGAACUGAAGUUGUGGAGCCAGUUACUAUCCCUAGUCAACAACCCCCGUCAAAGCCGACAACUGAAAAUACGAUGAAGAAACCAGAAAGAGCUGUAGCAAAUGGACAUCCCAAAACCCGGGAGGAACAAGUUGUGAAGGAUGACAGCAAUGGCGUGGAUGCUCCCAAAAAAUCAUACUCAGCAAUGGUCCAAUCUUUGGCUCAAAACAAUGAGAAAUUCAAUGUGAAAGCUUCUCCUGCAAAGCCUAAGCCUGUUACAAAGACCAGUGCUGCUCCCGAAUCCAAAGCUCCUGCGCCUGUUCCUGGACACUCUUCUGCUGAAACAAUCGACCAAUCAGCAGCUGAGGGUGUAACCAUAUUUGUUGCAAACUUGCCUAUGGACGCUCAACCUGAGCAACUCAAUGAAACAUUCAAAGGUUUUGGAACUAUUAAGAAAGAUGGUAUCCAAGUUAGAAGUCACAGGUUAAAGGGAAACUGUUUCGGGUUUGUGACAUUUGAAUCUAUCGAAGCUAUGAACUUGGUCCUCCAGGCGCACAAAGAAUCAGCCAUCAAAAUUGGAAACCGAAGAGUUUCAAUAGAAGAGAAACGAGGCAACAACGAAAAUGGAAGACCCUCAACGCGAAACGGAGGCUAUAGGAGCGAGAACGGAUACAGAAACGACGGGUUUAGGCCUCGAGGCAACGGUUAUAAUGGAGGUCGAGGGCAUGGAAGAAAUGGAUAUGAGAGAAGGGGAGAAUCACACAACGGUGAAUCUAACAACGGUGAUGGCAAAGUCCACCACCAGAAUGGUACAGUAAAACCUGUCCGUGAAAAUGCUCAAUCCAGAGGCUAAAAAAGUCGCAAUCCCUUUCUUAAACUCUGGUGAUGUGUUGUUGUUUAUUGUUCGUUUGAAAUUGAGAAUCUGGAGUUUUAUAGGAAAGAGAGAGAGAGAAAGAGAGAGAGAGAGAGUAGAAGCUUUUUUGGAGUAGUUUCAUCUCUUUCCAUGAAAGAUUUUUGUUUUGGGAUUAUAAUUUGAUGAUUACAUUUAUCUUUCCAA